AUGGGUCCCAGAAAGUGCCACAUCCCCACUCUCGAGGAGCUAAAAGGGCCGUUAUUUGAACAUGCAUUAAAAGAAGUGACUAAAUAUAUCGACGACGCUAGAAAUUCGUGGGCGCACACAGGAUGCACUAUCUUGCUCGAUGAAUGGAAAGGUGAAACGGGAAGGGAUUUCGUCAAUGUUUUAGUUGACUCCCCGAGAGGAACCGUUUAUCUCAGCACAUACGAUAUUUCCGAUUAUAUUGGAAAAAUUGACAAAAUGAAAAUGUUAUUCGAAAAAGUCUUGAGUGAAGUUGGGGUUGAGAAUGUGGUUCAAGUUAUUACAUCCUCGAAUUCUAUUUUUACCAAGGAAGUGGCGAAUGAAUUGUCGGAGAAAUACCGACAAAUAUUUUGGUCGGUGAGCGGGUCUUUCUGCAUUCAACUCAUGCUGGAGAAAUUGUUGGAAAUGGACGUCAUCAAAGAAAUCAUGGAGAAGGCGAAAAUAUUUACGAGGUUUAUUUACAGAAACCCUAACGCGCUCAAGUAUCUGAAGGAGAAAACGGACGGUCAUGAUUUAUUUCAGCAGAGUUCGAAGAUCAAGUCAACGCAGCCUUUCCUAACCCUCGAGAAUAUCGUCUUGGAGAAAAGAAUAUUGACCAAAAUGUUUCGAUCUCCCAUUUUUUUGAAAAACGAGGGUUGGGAUGAAGUAUAUGAUUUGGUGAGUGAUGAAUCUUUUUGGAAGGGGGCAUCGGAUGUGCUCUAA